UUAGACACAACAACUGGCCAGUAUUGAUGUUAAAGAAGAGACUGACAGAAUGGACUUUUCGUGGCAAAAAGGUAUCAAAUGAUAAGACCCAAGGCCAUGCCAGAGACAAGGCCUGGAGUUACCCAUGCUGGAGUGCAGUGGUGUGACUGUAGCUCCCUGCAGCCUCGAACUCCUGGCCUCAAUUGAGCCUGCCACCUUACCUUCUGAGUAACUGGGACUACAGUGUGUGUCACCACACCUAUCUUUUUUUUUUUUUUUUUGACAUGAGGGGUAUAUGCUGGUAAUAAAAAUAAAAUUUUGGGAUAUGGCAAUAUGCAUGCUACUCAAAAUGCUGCUAAGUUACAAAGUGUAACUAUGAUUUGUAAUGGAUAGCAGCAGUGACAAGUGAUGAGAAUGGUCUCUUGUCAUGACUACUCUGUUAUAGUGUAAAAGCAGCCAUAGACAGUAGAUAAAUGAAUAAGUAUGGCUGUAUUCCAAUAAAGUUUUACUCAUGGACACUGAAAUAUGAAUUUCAUAUAAUUUUGUGUGUCACAAAAUAUUAAAUUUUUUUUCUAGCCAUUAAAAAUGUACAAAGCAUAAUUAGCUGUGGACUGUACAAAAGCAGGAAGCAGGCUGGACAUGGCUUUUGGACCAUAGUUGGCUAACCCCUGCUAGAGAACGUCUAUACAUAGCAGCCUUUUGAGUAGUUUUGUUCAUUUGAGGUCAUGAAAAGGAAUUAGUAUUGGCAGGGUGCGGUGGCUCACACCUGUAAUCCCAGCACUUUGGGAGGCAAAGGCGGGCAGAUCACCUGAGGUCAGGAGGUUGAGACCAGCCUGACCAACAUGGUGAAACCCCGUCUCUACAAAAAAUUAGCCGGGUAUGGUGGCGCAUGUCUGUAAUCCCAGCUACUGGGGAGGCUGAGGCAGGAGAAUAGCUUGAACCCAGGAGGCGGAGGUUGCAGUGAGCCAAGAUUGUGCAUUGCACUCCAGCCUGAGCAACAGGAGCGAAACUCUGUCUCAAAAAAAAAAAAAAAAAAAAGGCAGCACAGCUGGCUUGAGCAACUGAACUGGAAACAAGAUGCAGGACCUCAACGCAGACACUGAGUGGAAUGACAUCUUACGCAAAAAGGGUAUCUUACCCCCCAAGGAAAGUCUGAAAGAAUUGGAAGAGGAGACAGAAGAGGAGCAGCGCCUCCUCCAGCAGUCAGUGGUGAAAACAUGUGAAGAUAUGACUUUGGAAGAGCUGGAGGAUCAUGAAGACAAAUUUAAUGAGGAGGAUGAAUGUGCUAUUGAAAUGUACAAACGGCAGAGACUGGCUGAGUGGAAAGCAACUAAACUGAAGAAUAAAUUUUGAGAAGUUUUGGAGAUCUCAGGGAAGGAUUAUGUUCAAGAAGUUACCAAAGUUGGUGAGGGCUUGUGGGUCAUCUUGCACCUUUACAAACAAGGAAUUCCCCUCUGUGCCCUGAUAAAUCAGCACCUCAGGGGACUUGCCAAGAAGUUUCCUGAUGUCAAAUUUAUCAAAGCCAUUUCAACAACCUGCAUACCCAAUUAUCCUGAUAGGAAUCUGCCCACGAUAUUUGUUUACCUGGAAGGAGAUAUCAAGGCUCAGUUUAUUGGUCCUCUGGUGUUUGGUGGCAUGAACCUGACAAGAGAUGAGUUGGAAUGGAAACUGUCUGAAUCAGGAACAAUUAUUAUGGACCUGGAGGAAAACCCUAAGAAGCCGAUUGAAGAUGUGUUGCUGUCCUCAGUGCGGCGCUCUGUCCUCAUGAGGAGGGACAGUGAUUCCGAGGGUGACUGAGGCUACAGCUGCUAUCACAUGCUGAACUUUCUUGUGACAAAUUGUCUGGAUUUUUUAAAAAAGGAAAAAGCAAGAAUGAAUCCUUCUGGUUUUUAGUUUUGUAUAAAUUAUGUUUCAAAUCUUUACAUUUUGGAAAUAAUCAUUGCUGGAAAUUCUGUUAAAUAUUUUGGAACUCUUUUUUUUAAAUUAUAGUAUUUCCUCUAAAAAAAUUUAAAGAAAAAAGAAAAGGAAUUAGUAUUUUAAAAGAGAUUAUUCAUAUUCCUUCUGUGCUGUAGGUUUUGUAUUGUAGUUAAAUACAAAACUCAGUGAUUUCAAAGUUUUAAAAGUCCAAUUUCUAAAGAUAAAAACACAUUUGCAUUUCUCAGCAUACUCAGCAUAUCAAUAUACAUUACAUGUUUCUGUGUUUGAUAUUAUCUUCUCUUCACUGGAAAGGUAAAAAUUUUUUCGUUUUGUUUUAAGACGGAGUCUCGCUCUGUUGCCUAGGCUGGAGUGCAGUUGCACGAUCUCGACUCACUGCAACCUUCGCCUCCCGGGUUCAAGUGAUUCUCCUGCCUCAGCCUCCCGAGUAGCUGGGAUUACAGGCGUGUGCCACCACACCCGGCUGAUUUUUGUAUUUUUUAGUAGAGACAGGGUUUCAUCACGUUGGCCAGGCUGGUCUCGAACUCCUGACCUCAGGUGAUCCACCCACCUCGGCCUCCCAAAGUGCUGGGAUUACAGGCAUGAGCCACUGCGCCCAGCCAGAAUUGGCUAACAUUAUUAUGGAGGUUGGCAAAUUCAAAAACUUCAGGGUGGACCAGCAGGCUAGAGACCCAGACAAGAGCCAAUGCUGUGAUUCAAAUCUGAAAGGCUGUCUGUUGCAGAAUUCCUUUUGGCUCAGGAGAAGUCAGUCUUCUACUCAGUUCAACUGAUUGGUUGAGGCACACUCACAUUAUUGCAAGACCACCUUCACAGAGACAUUCAGAAUAACGUUUGACCUCAUAUAUGGGCACUGUGGCCCCGCCAAGUUCACCCAUAAAUUUACCUCCUCAUUAAAAAAAAAAAAAGGUCCGGGCUAGCGGUGGCUCAUGCCUGUAAUCCCAGUACUUUGGGAGGCCAAGGUGGGUGGAUCACCUAAGAUUGGGAGUUCGAAACCAGCCUGACCAACAUGGAGAAACCACAUCUCUACUAAAAGUAGAAAAUUAGCCGGGCGUGGUGGUGCAUGCCUGUAAUCCCAGCUACUUGGGAAGCUGGGGCAGGAUAAUCGCUUGAACCCGGGAGGCAGAGGUUGCAGUGAGCGAGAUCACACCGUUACACACCAGCCUGGCAACAGGGCAACAAGAGCGAAACUCCGUCUCAAAAAAAAAAAAAGAAAAAAAGAAAAAAAAAUCGCCCAAGCGUGAUAGCUCACACUUCUAAUCCCAGCACUUUUGGAGACUGAGGCAGGAGGAUUGCUUGAGGCCAGGAGUUCAAGACCAGCCUGGGCAACAUAGUGAGACCGUGUUUCCAUAAAAAUAAUAAAAAAUGAAAACAAUCUUAAUUAAAAAAAGGAGUCAAGUCAAAGGUGGGAGGAAAGAGCAAAACUACCACUCUUAAAAUGUUCUGAAGCUUCUAAGCACUAGAAAUCUUCCAGGUAGAAAUUAAAGUUAGAAUUUAAAAAAUAUAUUGUUCUGUAAAAAAUAAAGAACUUAUUCACUUAAUUUUCUUUUUUGCUUUUCUUUUCUGUUUUUUUGAGACGGAGUUUCGUUCUGUUGCCCAGGCUGGAGUGCAAUGGCGAAAUCUUGGCUCACUCCCCUCCCACACCCCGCGCCGGGUUCAAGCGAUUCUCCUAUCUCAGCCUCCCAAAUAGCUGUGAUUUUAUUUUAUUGAGGGAGGGUCUUGCUCUGUUGCCCAGGCUGGAGUGCAGUGGCCUGAUUUCGGCUCACUGCAGCCUCAACGUCCUGGGCUCAAGCAAUCCUCCCACCUGCCUCCUGAGCGGCUGGGGCUACAGGCACACACCACCAUGCCCAGCUAGUUUUUGUAUUUUUACUAGAGACGGAGUUUUGCCAUGUUGCCCAGGCUUGCAUUCUUAUUUUUAGGUAAGUCUUUGAAAUCCAGUGUGUAUUUUACACUUAUAGCACAUCUCAUUUAGGACUAGCCGCAUUUCCAAUGCUCAGUAGCCAAAUGUGGAUAUUAGCUACCAUAUUAGACAAUGCAUCUCUAAGGGAUGAGAUUAUCAAAACUUUCACUUUGUAUUUUACAUAUUAUUUUGUUUUCCUGAAUGUUAAAAAAACAUAUAUUGCUCAUACAAUCAGAAACCAUAAUAAAAUAAACAGUAAAUUGCUCUGAAGUCAGAAAGAAUUAUGCUUUUGAGUAGGUGUUAUACAAUAGUAAAAACCAAACAGUAGAAAAGGUUAUAUACUGACAGUUUUAUGUGUGUUCUCUGUGCACUUGUCUAGAAGAUGGGCCACAAUUUUUGUAGAUUAUGGUCUUUCAGAAGUGGUCAGUAAACCAAAAAGAAAUUUAAAACCAAAGUCAAAGAAUUUCAACAACAAAAUUCCACAGUAUUUAGACAGAGAGUUAAUUACUUUGCCAUGUUAUAAUGAGGUUCUAUCCAGGCUUCUUGCCAGGAAUUAGUGCUAGACAAAUAGGAAGCUCUUUGAGGGAGAGAAAAACAACACAGGUUGGGGGACCAGUGAAUAAAUGCUUCCAUUACCCCUCUAGAGGUAAACUAUCAACCUAUCAUCGCUGAAACCAAUGAGAUUUCAGGAGGAUGGAUAGAACAUUUUUUAAAUUUUGAGACAGGAUCUCCGUCACCAAGGCUGAACUGCAAUGGCAUGAUCACAGCUCAUUGCAGCCUCAAACUCUGGCCUGAGCAAUCCUCCCACCACAGCCUCCCCAGUAGCUGGGCCCACAGGCUCAUGCCACCAUACUCGGCUAAUUCAUUUUAAUAUUUGCAGAGACAGGAUCUCUCUAUAUUGCCCAGGCUGGUCUUGAAUUCCUGGGCUUAAGCGAUCCCCUGCCUUGGCCUCCCAAACUGCUGGAAUUAUAGGCAUGGGCGACUGCAUCCCGCCUAGUCAGAACAUGCUUAAAGCAGGAGUCUUAAAUAGAAUGUAAUGUCAGCUGGGCACGGUGGCUCACGCCUGUAAUGCUAGCACCUUGAGAAGCCAAGGCGGGCAGAUCACUUGAGGCUAGGAAUUGGAGACCAGCCUGGCCAACAUGGUGAAGCCCCAUUUCUACUGAAAAUACAAAAAAAUAGCUGGGAGUGGUGGCUCGCACCUGUAGUCCCAGCUACUUUGGAGGCUGAAAGGAGGAUCGCUUGAGCCUGGGAAGCGGAGGUUGCAGUGAGCCGAGAUUGCACCACUGCACUCCAGCCUGGGCGACAGAGGGAGACUGUCUCAAAAAAAAAAAAAAAAAAAAAAAAAGCAAUGUCAGGGCCAGAAAAAUGAAGAA